AUGGCAACCCCGAACUCAUACUUCAUUCCUGGUUAUGGAAUCUCGCGCGCCGUGAUCCAGAACGAGAUAAGAUAUCAUUGCGGCCCUGAUGCAAUUGUCAGGCCAUUCACGUUCCAAGGACGAGAUGGCUUCCUGGUCUCGACUAUUGGACCUCCAUUGACAAAGGCGCAAAUCGAUGACCUGAAGAUGUCAUCUCGCGAAUACGAAGAGAAGCAAUCGCGCAUAGCCGGUGAACACGAUGUCUUUGUCAACGCGCCCAUCCCUAUCAACCAGAGGAUACGGAGAAGUCAAUGA